AUGGGAGACAGUGAUGCACUCCUCCAGACCUCUCAACUUGUUUGCUCCCGCAAUAGUCUCCAAGUUGGUGUCCAGAUAAACAGCCUUGUGUCAUCUGGUUUGGAUCCAUUCUCUGGUCGCAUCGAUACAUCUUACUGUUCCAGAUACAGAGGGCGUGAUGGUUUGGUGUGGUACGAAGUGUCGCGUCGGGCUGACUACUGUGGAACAGUACUCACGACCAACAGCACCCAUGCCAUCUACUCCAACUCCUUGCUUCUCUUCUCUGCAAACAAUUAUUCCUCAGAUAUACCUGAGAUUAUUCCUUUCUCCUGUGCUUACCCCUUGGAAACAAAUGCCAGCCUGAACACUUUAAUCAUACCACAACAGAAUGAAAGUGGUCUUUCAGGGUCAGGUACCAAAGCCACAGCCUACAUGAAUCUAUACAGAGACGCCAGAUUUUACAGAAGGUACUCAUCAGGCUGGGUCAUCCUACCAAAGGGCUCUGCCCUACAUGUGGAAGUGUCUUCAGACGAGAGAGAUUAUAGCUUUGUAGUGGUUCUGGAGAGAUGCUACACCACUCACUCUUCAAGCCCUGAUGAUGCAGUGCGAGACACCUUCAUUCUUUCCCGGUGUCCUACUGACCCUCAACAUGUGAGAAUUGUUCAGAACGGCAUCUCUCUCCAUGCUCGUUUCUCUGCCUUCAGUGUCCAGAGUGACAGUAGAUUCAUCUUCCUUCACUGUGAACUAAGCCUCUGUGACGCCAGAAACAACAUCUGUGUCCCCUCUUGUGGAGACAGGAUACCGCGCUCUGUUCCAGAUUCAGCUCAGCUUGAUCUCCUCAGCAUUGGACCAAUUGCCUGGGACAAGUGACCUGUUAAAGGAGUGAGCUGGGCAACGCUACAAACUGAUGCAUGCUUUUUUUUAAAGAUAUUUUUAGUUUAGAUGGUGUUUAAUUGCAUAAUGAUUAAAUACCCUUCAUUUGAAUAGUCUCAGUGUGUAGGCAGUGCUCAGCACUGACUCUGUUUUAGCUCCCUACAAACUUUGUAAUGUCUAAACUGCAUUUUACUGUCAUUAAAAAAACUAUACAAUCCAGAUACAUUCACGGGAAAAUGAGUUGCAAUAAAUAUGUGCAUGAAAAUAUGA